UCCGUGGUCGAGCUUGACGCAUCUCUCCCUCUCCACGGUGCGCCUAAACUCCGGUACCUGACACCGCAGAGCGCGUCCAGCGGCUGAGGGGACGCGGACGCACGGAGGGACCGCUCGGUUCUGCUUAACUUUACUUUUCCCUUUUGUUGAAACUUGUGCGUCACACACCAUUUUCGUUUUAUCAUCUUUUUUUCCCCCAUCAUCCAUCCACUGACGGACUGAGUUUGGAUAUCGGCAGGGGGUAGAGGGGAGGAGGAGGCAGAGGACCAGCGGGCUGCUCUCAGAUGGAGCACCGGGGCUCCGGGAGAUCAGGGCGCACGGCGAACCCGGAGUGAAGUGACGCUGGUGGAUGGACGCUGCUCCCCGGUCCAGGCUGCUCACAGCACGGCCAUGACGGGCAUCCAGGAGUCAGACCUGCAUGAGCAGCACCGAGGACCAACGCAGGAGGAAGAGGAUGAGGAGGAGGAGGGGGAGAAGGUGCAUGUGUCAGUGGAGGCAGAGGAGAAGGAGCGGAAAGGUGGGGAGUUAGAGGAGGAGGAGGAGAAUGAGGAAGAGCUGCCGUACCCCACUCUAGCACCAGUGGUUCUUUUGGCUCUGACCCAAACCAGCCCACCCCGAUCCUGGUGCCUCCGAGCUGUCUGCCAUCCGUGGUUUGAGCGAGUGAGCAUCUUGGCCAUCCUGCUCAACUGUGUGACUCUUGGGAUGUUCCAGCCCUGUGGCCACACCCCCUUCCUGCUGCAGGCUCUAGACGAUGGCAUCUUUGUGUUUUUUGCGGGCGAAAUGCUGGUGAAGAUGGUGGCACUCGGGGUCAUAGGUCAGAGCGGUUACCUAGGCGACACAUGGAACAGAUUGGAUUUCUUCAUUGUUAUAGUGGGAAUGCUAGAGUACUCGCUGGAUGGACACAACGUCAGUCUAUCCGCCAUCCGGACAGUCCGGGUUCUCCGCCCACUGCGAGCCAUCAACAGAGUUCCCAGUAUGCGCAUCCUGGUGACCCUCCUGCUCGACACGCUUCCCAUGCUGGGCAACGUCUUGGCGCUGUGUUUCUUUGUCUUCUUCAUCUUCGGCAUCGUCGGCGUGCAGCUGUGGGCGGGGCUACUGAGGAACCGCUGCUUCAUGGGAGAGGAUGUCAAGAUGAAAUACAAUAUUUCCUUCCUGAACAGCUAUUACCGGCCUGACGGCACAGAUGACCACCCCUUCAUCUGUUCGACUGAAAGAGAAAAUGGGAUGCUUCGGUGCUCUGACGUGCCUCGCCGCCGUGUGGGCGGGACUUACUGCUCCCUGGGAGCGGAGGACACCCAUCCAGAGAUGGGACUCCAUGGCACUGAACCAGUGCCAUGUGUGAACUGGUAUCAGUAUUACAAUGAGUGUCGUGCCGGGGAAGUAAACCCUCACAAAGGAGCUAUUAAUUUUGAUAACAUUGGAUAUGCAUGGAUUGCCAUUUUUCAGGUAAUUACUCUCGAAGGUUGGGUAGACAUCAUGUACUAUGUCAUGGAUGCACAUUCCUUUUACAACUUCAUCUACUUCAUUUUCCUCAUUAUCGUGGGCUCCUUCUUCAUGAUCAACCUGUGCCUGGUCGUCAUCGCAACACAGUUUUCUGAAACGAAGCAACGAGAACACGCCUUAAUGAAAUCGGAGCAGCGCGCCCGCCAGCUCCACCAGUCAGCUUCCACGCUGGCCAGCGACAGCCAACCAGGAAGCUGCUACGAGGAGAUCAUCCGCUACCUGGCACACCUGGGCCGCAAGGCGUGGCGACGACUGUCCCGCUUCUACACUCACACUCGCACACACUACCGCUGCAUGUGUGUGUGCCAGAGAGACCAGGCUGGAGGGUCGGGCAGAGCCAGCGGAGUCGGCGAGAUGAACGGACUCGCCCACCGCCACUCAGGCCACGCCCCCAACGACUUGUCACACCUUCAUCAGCGUUUUCAUCACCACCACCAGCAGCAUCACCAGCAGCAGCAGCAUCAACCUCAGCCCGAUCCUGCUCUCAGCAACGGAGGGAACGGUUUUAAUUAUCCCUUCAUCGCACCCCUCUUCAGUCACCUGAAUGCAAAGGGCCAAGACCAGAAGAGGCAGGUUGCCACAGAGACCAUCAGCAGGCUGCCACAGCUGGUGCUGGAGCAUGGUGGUUGCGCUGCACAUCCUGCGCUGCUGUUGCCAGGUGAAGUCCCCGGAGAGUCCUCGUUCUGCCCGUACUGCAUCUACUACAACCAACUUAGCAUUGGCGAAAACGUCAGCGAGUCGCCCGAAGACCAGCAGCACGGGUACAGCAACUCGUGCCAUGGCAACAGCCCGUGUCACAGUGACAGCCCGUGCCGCUGUAGCAGCCCCUGCCGCGGUGAUGGACAGGUGUCUGAGCCAAAGAGACGGCUGUGGGAGCGAUGCUGGGCGGGACUCCGUAAUAAACUGGAACUUAUCGUAGGCAGCAGAUACUUUAGCAGAGGGAUCAUGAUUGCCAUCCUUAUUAACACACUGUCGAUGGGGAUAGAGUACCACGAGCAGCCCCAGGAGCUGACGGAUAUUUUGGAGAUCAGUAACAUGGUGUUCACCAGUCUCUUCAGUCUGGAGAUGCUGCUGAAGCUCCUGGCUCUCGGCCUCUUCGGCUACAUCAAGAACCCUUACAACGGCUUCGACAGCAUCAUUGUCAUCAUCAGUGUGUGGGAGAUUGUUGGUGAGGCUGAGGGAGGCUUGUCUGUGCUGCGUACAUUCCGUCUCCUGAGAGUUUUGAAGCUGGUCCGGUUCCUUCCCGCCCUAAGGAGGCAGCUGGUGGUGCUGAUGAAAACCAUGGACAAUGUGGCCACGUUCUGCAUGCUGCUGAUGCUUUUUAUAUUCAUAUUCAGUAUCUUGGGGAUGCAUCUGUUUGGCUGUAAAUUUGGUUUGCGACACGACAGUGGAGACACUUUACCUGACAGAAAAAACUUUGACUCCCUCCUCUGGGCGACUGUCACCGUCUUUCAGAUCCUUACCCAGGAGGACUGGAACGCUGUGCUCUAUAACGGGAUGGCCUCCACCACGCCGCUGGCUGCCCUCUAUUUCGUAGCCCUCAUGACCUUCGGCAACUACGUCCUCUUCAACUUGCUUGUAGCCAUUUUGGUGGAGGGCUUUCAAGCUGAAGGCGAUGCCAACAGAUCUGAGGCUGACGAUGAGAGACAAUCCAUCUGUUACGAGGACGAGGAGAAGCUCAGAGAGUUGUACGCUGCAGAGCUUAAAAUCCAGGCCAUGAUGCUGAGCCCCAACGGCCUCCUGAACCCCAAAGCCUCCAUGCCUCCACCUCCACCUCCUCCCCUGCCGGUCAUCACACACACAGCAGCGACGCCUACCAUGAACUCCAGCCAGUCACGCCGGGCGAGUGCUGCUUCCAUGGAAGCCCACAGCCUCGAGCAGAGGUCGCCGUUGUCUUCACAGUCUCUGUGGGACGGCGGGCCUGAAAGCCGUCGCUCCAGCUGGACCAGCAUCGGCCGAGCCCCCAGCCUCCACAGGAAGAGCCAGUCCGGGGAGAUGGAGUCUCUGCUGUCGGACACCCACACCAGCUCCGACCACAGCAGCCGGGAGCAGUCUCUGGACCAGUCGGACUACCUGCAGGUGCCCAUACUGCACUCACCAGACUGCAACGGCACCACCUUCCACCUCCCGGACCACUGCUAUGACGACGCUCCCCUGACGUCACACUACCCCAGCGACCAGGACGAGGAGGCGUUGGAGGAGAGUUUAUGUAAGAAGCUGAAGAAGAUUCUGGAGCCCUAUGAGCCUCAGUGGUGCCUCGAGCAUGAAGAGUGGUCCCUCUAUCUGUUCGCCCCACACAACCGGUUCCGACUGUGGUGUCAGAGGGUCAUUGGUCACAAGAUGUUUGAUCACACCGUUCUCCUCUUCAUCUUCCUCAACUGCAUCACCAUCGCGUUGGAGAGACCCGACAUUCAGCCUCACAGCAUGGAGCGUAUUUUCCUCAGUGUGUCCAAUUACAUCUUCACUGUGAUCUUCGUGGGCGAAAUGAUGAUCAAGGUGGUGGCUAUGGGCCUGUACUUUGGAAACGGCGUGUACCUGCAGAGCAGCUGGAACGUCUUGGACGGGCUGCUAGUGUUUGUGUCGCUGGUGGACAUCCUGGUCUCACUGGCAUCAACAGGCGGGAAUCGAAUCUUUGGCAUCCUCCGGGUGCUUCGGCUGCUACGCACACUGCGACCGCUCAGGGUCAUAAGUCGAGCUCCAGGUCUGAAACUGGUGGUCGAGACUCUGAUCACAUCUCUCAGACCCAUUGGGAAUAUCGUUCUCAUCUGCUGUGCGUUUUUCAUCGUGUUUGGAAUUCUGGGAGUCCAGCUCUUUAAAGGGAAGUUCUUCCAUUGCGACGGCCUUAAUGUGACUUACAUCACUAAUAGGACCCAGUGUCUGCAGGCGGGUUACCGCUGGGUUCGACGGAAAUACAACUUUGACAACCUGGGACAGGCGCUGAUGUCACUGUUUGUGCUGUCGUGUAAAGACGGCUGGGUCAGCAUCAUGUACGACGGCCUGGAUGCUGUCGGAGUGGACCAGCAGCCAAUAAGAAACAACAAUCCUUGGAUGCUGCUGUUCUUCAUCUCGUUCCUCCUCAUCGUCAGCUUCUUCGUGCUCAACAUGUUUGUGGGCGUGGUGGUGGAAAACUUUCACAAGUGUCGCCAGCAGCAAGAGGAGGAGGAGGCCCGGCUGAGGGAGGAGAAACGACAGAAACGACUGGAGAAGAGGAGGAGAAGGGCCCUGGAGAAGCCGUAUUACGCCGACUACUCCCCGCUGCGUCGAUCCAUCCACACCGUGUGCACCAGCCACUACCUGGAUCUCUUCAUCACCAUCAUCAUCUUCACAAACCUCCUCACCAUGAGCAUGGAGCACUACAACCAGCCUCAGUACUUGGAGGAGAUUCUGAAGUACUGCAAUUACGUCUUCACGGUGGUUUUUGUCAUUGAGGCCAUCCUCAAACUCGUCGCUUUUGGCCUGCGCCGCUUUUUCAAAGAGAGGUGGAACCAGCUGGACCUCGCCAUCGUGUUGUUGUCCAUCAUGGGAAUCACUCUGGAGGAGAUCGACCUGAGCGCCUCCCUACCCAUCAACCCCACCAUCAUACGCAUCAUGAGGGUUCUGAGGAUCACACGAGUGCUGAAGCUGCUGAAGAUGGCUACAGGGAUGAGAGCUCUGCUGGACACGGUGAUGCAAGCUCUGCCUCAGGUGGGGAAUCUGGGUCUGCUCUUCAUGUUGCUGUUCUUCAUCUAUGCAGCUCUGGGAGUUGAGCUCUUUGGAAAACUGGAGUGUUCAGACGAGAACCCAUGUGAGGGUCUUAGUCGCCACGCUACCUUUGACAACUUUGGCAUGGCUUUCCUAACGCUCUUCAGGGUGUCCACCGGGGACAACUGGAAUGGGAUUAUGAAGGACACACUGCGAGAGUGUCGCCCUCAGGACCGCCACUGCCUCACCUAUCUGCCCUUCAUCUCGCCCGUUUACUUCGUCACCUUCGUCCUGACGGCACAGUUCGUGCUGGUCAACGUGGUUGUGGCGGUCCUGAUGAAGCACCUGGAGGAGAGCAACAAGGAGGCGCAGCUGGAGGAGAUGGAGGAGAGGAAGGAGAGGGAGGAGAUGAGGGAGAGGGAGGAGAGGAGGGAGAGGGAGGAGGCCUGUAGACGCCUCAGCGCUUCAUCUGUGGGUGGAGACCUGGAGCUGGACACACCUGCCCAGGUGCAAGUUGAGGAUGAGGAGCGUUGCCACGGCAACCUACAGAGCAUGGGACGUAUGCUGUCUCUCCCCAGCGACAGCUACGUUCAGCCACUCAGAUGCUCCCCUUACGUUCCCAUUGGCCACGAGGCCUACUCCGGCUACAGCUACUCAGGCUCCAUGUCGUCUCUGGGCUCCAGCGGAGGCGGCUCUCUGCUGCAGGUUCCCGGAGCUCUGCCCACCAUCAGCCACGCUUCCCUGGGCUCUGGACGCAGCUCGAGGCCGGUGAUCUGCCUCAGCACCUCCCAGAGCAUCGACAGACACUCCCUGCACAGGCUCAGUCCGGCCAACAGCAUAGACGGAUACAGGUUUAGUCCAGCGCACAGAACCAACAGACACAGGCUGAACUCGGCUCACAGCAUAGACGGAUAUAAGUUCAGCCCGGCCCAUCGGAUCCACAGACACAGACUGAGCUCCACUCGCAGCAUGGACGGUUACAGGCUGAAUCCAGAUCACAACGCGGACAAACCGAAGCUCAUGUCCAGCCACAGCAUAGACAGACAUCCGUCGUUCAGACUGAGUCCCACACACAGCAAACGUCCGUCGCACUGGCUCAGUCCUGAAGACAGUUUAGACAGAAACAAGCUGAGUCCGUCCUACGUUCCUGAUUCUUCAGUCAUGAAACGUCCGGCAUCUUUCCGCACCACAAGCCGACAGUUACGCAGACAGGAGGCCGUACGCUGCGACUCUCUGGACCAGAGUGGUUCAGCUGACGACCUGCCAGAGCCUUGCCUCGCGGUGCCCGCCGCCUCUUCCACUCCACCACGCCAGCGCUCGUCCAGCGUGCACACUCUGAAAUAUAGUCACCCCCAGAGGGUGAUCUCGAGCAGGAGCCACAGCCGGAGCCACAGCGAAACCACUGCACAGGAGCAUCUACCAGAGGCGGCAGUCUGUGUCUCACAGCCAGAACCGGAUGCCCAGAAGAGGCCCGUCAGCCCUCAGAGCCUGAAAGUGCCCAGCGGUGAAUCCACGCUGUUUGCUCCGCUCUUCAUCUCCGAACCUGCUGCCCAGCUGGACGACGCAGACGAGGAAGUCAGUCGCAUUAACAGUUCUGUUCACUCGCAUGCACAACCUCCUCCAAGCUGCUCACACACAAGCAGACAUCUUUCCCCGAGUCCCGGCGAGCACCGGAGCCGCCUCAGCCAAUCAGUGUCUCCGGUUUCUGACAGGAACAGGAAGCAGCGGAUGAGCCCGCCGCCGGGGGAGGAGCCAGUUACAACGUCAACCCAGCAAGUGGACAGCAGCGUGGAGCUGAGGAGGCGGACUCUGUCGUUUGACGCCACGUCCCUCUCUCCUAAUCAGCCAGAGGGAAGUUCUGUGGACGACUAAACUCACCAAGCGACAGGUUCGGGAUUUUCUCUAACGCUGAGCUGCCAGAUGUGCUGCUGAAGACGGACGGGAGCCGUGAUCCAAAGCAGGACAGGGGACAGUUUCCUGAACCGCCCCUCGCCUCGUCCACUCGCAAGAUUUUCACCGUGUGUGAGCAGAACUCAGACUGUAUGUAUGAGUGUGUAUGUGCUCACAGACUUUGACCCUUUUGUGCUGUUUUGCACACAUGAUGCACACAAGAAGAAGUUUCCUUUUCUUCUGUCAUAGUCCUAGCUUUAGUUCAGGCAUAGUAGCCACUUCCCAGCUAUAUUUACUCAAACACUAACCUUCCCCUUGCUUGCAUCCUUUUCCUUGCACCUCAAGCCUAGGUCAGAAUGCAAGUCAAAGCUACGCCGAAGGUGCACAAAGAUACGCAGACAAAGGAACCACACAGCAGGCUAUUUAAUUAGCAAUUAAUGUGCUGAUUAUUUUCAUAUCAACUAAUUAAUCUUGUGGUCUAUAAAACAUCAAAGGGACCAAGGUGACAUCUUCAAACAGAUAUUAACUUCACCUUAAUAUUAGAUAUGUAGAAAAGCAUCAAAGAUUCCGAUUCAAGAGGCUUUAAUUUGAAAUAUUUCUGUUUUUGUUGCUGCUGAUACAUUUUCUGUCAACUAACCAGUUAAUCGUCUGUUUGUUUCCAUACCACAAACAUCUCAUUCAGUUUUGCCAGAACUAUAAUUUUUCUCUCAGUGGUGCAGAAAUUACAGUUUAUGUUUACAAAAGAAAUGAAUUUUUAAAACUCACAAAACAUAAUGAUGAUAUAUGAACAAUUUUUUUAAUAAGAAAAAGGCCUAAUUUGUAAUUGCACACUGAUGUAAACGGUACAGGCACAAUGCCAUUUUAUAAAAGAUCUAUUCCUCAAACUAAAUAUACAGCAGAUUGGUAAAAGUGGAGUUUGGGUUUUUCUUACCUACAGUAAACUGCCACUGGGUGUUGCUGAGAAAACUUUGAUAUCUUGUUGAUUUUUCUGGGUGGUGGGGGGGAGCCUCCCACCCUUGAAACAGCUCAACCCUGACAGCCUGAAAAAUCAAUUUGCUCCUUGAACCUUUAAGUUGAAACCGUGUAGUGUGACCUAAGCUUCAGUAGUUUCUACCUCGCUUCUUCCUGAUCCCACCCAUUCCAAUGUUCAGUCGGCUUAGUUUUGUCACUCCCCUCCACCGUCCCUGUCUCUGUCUUAGUAUUCUCAGGGUAGAGGUAGUUCAGACACAGCUGAAGCUUGUGAUUGGAGCUCAGCAGAGAGAGGGCGCCCCCUGCUGUCAGAACCCUGAGCCUUCUCCCUCGACCGCUGGAGGAGAUCAUGCAGGGUGAAAACUGAAGACCGAAGCAGAUGUGCAGAAGGGCUUAUUCAGGUGACAAAACAGUGCGUCAAACUUAGCAGGAAAGGCUAUAUUUUAUUAACACAGCAGAGACGAUGUGAAAAGGCGAAUUUCUACAUUUUUUUGAAUGUUAAUUAAUCUGCUGGUGAUGGGGACAGAUGAUGAUGAUGAUGACUGUGGAUGAUACAGAUGUUUAUUAUAGUGUUGUACAACGUUCCUGCAGAUUCAUGGGAGCAGAAAAUGAAACGCAGUGAGCAGGUACAUGAUUGGACAGUGCUGGAAUAAAACCACUUUCUGUCUGACUUUCA